CCGUUGCCGAAUGUUUUGCGAGAUUUCAUGUUUGUUUUUAUUCGAAUUCUUUUGGUGCUACAAUUUUAUAAAGCAAGAUGCUUGAUCAACGAUAUUCGGACGAUAGCCAAACCAAGAGAGAUAUACCUUCGUUCAUAGAACCUAGGCCGCCGCUGAUAUCGAAUCCUUUCAUGCGACCUCGUCCUCAGAUGGGUACAAACCUAUUGGAAUUAUUCGAAGAGGACUCUGAAAUAGAAGAGCCAGAAUUGGUGCAAGUUUAUUUGCGACUAAAGCCUUAUCAUGAAGUUAAUAAUUUGUACGAAGUGAAAUCUGAUAGGUGUCUGAUUACUUCAGUUGAUACGGCUCCUGCUGGGCACGGGAGAAGAACACAACAUAAUGUCUCAAAAAUGUAUACAUUUUCACACAUCUUUGGACCAGAAUCAUCGCAAAAAGAAAUUUUUGAAAAAGUUGUCAAAGAUAACUUGAGGAAGUUACCAGAUGGCCACAGUUUCACUCUCUUAACAUAUGGUGCAUCAGGAUCAGGCAAGACUUACACUUUAAUGGGGACAGUAGCAUCUCCUGGGCUGGUGCCCCGCUCCUUAGAAUAUGUAUUUCAUGUUGUUGAUGCUGCUCAGCAACCAAUAUUCAAACCAUCGGACGGGGGUGCUGAAAAGCUGAGUAAUGUACAACAAGAAUAUGAGUUACAGUGGGUAAAUAGACUAAGACGCACCUCAGCACCUCUAAGGGACAAGUAUCGCAGGAUGAGUGCAGCACUUUCAAACGAUCUCACCGUUAGCUCAAUAGAUCUAUCAAAUAGAACUAGACACUAUGUUUGGGUAUCAUUUGUGGAAAUUUACAAUGAAGGCAUCUACGAUUUAUUGUCAGCGUCAGACAGAAGCAAUGCUUCUAAACUUCAAAUUCGUGAGGACUCAAAUGGACAUGUGUAUGUUAAGGGUGCAAGUCAAGCAUUUGUGCGCUCAGGGUCUGAAGCAUACGACGUGAUGACGGCGGGAAAACAUCAGCUACAAGUAGCGGCCACCGGCGUCCACGCACACUCCUCCCGAUCGCAUUGUAUAUUUACGAUCACUAUGCUUACUGAGACAGAUACAGGGGUACGUACAUCUUGCGUCCGUCUGUGUGACUUGGCGGGUUGCGAGCGAGCUCGUCAGACUCGCAACACCGGGGCGCGUAUGGCGGAAUCCCGAGCUAUAAACUCCUCGCUGCACGUGCUAGAAAGAUGUUUGCAUACUCUACGACGAAGACAGAAGAACCGCGUGCCCAGUGCCACAUGUGUACCUUAUAGGGAGUCCAAGUUGACCCGGCUGCUGGGCGCGGGGCUGAGCGGCGCGCGGGGCGAGGGCGUGGCGAUGGUGGUGACGCUGAACCCCGCGCCGCAGCACCACCACCAGACCGAGCACGUGCUGCGGCUGGCCACCGUCGCCAGGGACAUACAGGUGAACAGCACAAUAUCGGAGAGUACCCUAGAGAGCAGCACUCAGAACACCACUGUCAACUGCAGCGUUGACAUACUGCGACUGAGGGCGGACAACGAAAGAUUACACUUCGAACUUCUGCAGGCGCAAUCUCGAAACAAAGAACUGAUGGCGCUGAUGGAGGAGAAACGUCAGGAGACAGCGAACACAAUGCGGGAACUGGUGGAAGAGGCUAAGGACAUGAUGCGUCAGUACUACGAGGCUCAGAUUCAAUCGCUUAAGUCACAGGAAAAGUUAACAGCAGAGCGUUUGGCUCGAGCUGCCGCUGAAGAAGAAAUACAAUACCUUAGAACGUGCAUUGAAGAGCGAGAUGAAAAAUCUUCUGGAGAGAAAGAUGUGAUCGAUUUGUCUGAUAGCGAUCACAAUAGUGAUGAAGAAGAUGAUGAUCCACUAAAUGAAAGUCUUGAACCGACCUUUAAGAAAGAAGACAUUAAGAAAUCUCGUCUCCUACAAACUUGCCUCGAGCGAAAUAGUUUACGCUACCAUUCUAUGAGACAGAGUUUUCAUGAUAAUAUUGAACAUGCAACAGAUUUUAUUGAAAACGACAGUGUUACCACUUUUAAAGACCAUGAUAAAUCUAACGAAGUAACAACGAAAGAUUCUUUUUAUGAUACAAACAAAGAUGAUACAACUAAUUAUGAUAAUUUGGUACACGAUAAUGAAGCUAUUUGCAAUGCUUCAGUAGCGAAAGCAACAAAUCAAAUUAAUACAGAUACUGAAAUUGAUGAUAAACUUGAUAAUAAUUCACAUUAUAAUACAAAUGAGUGUGAUAAUAAAGUAGAAGUACCCAUAACAUUGACAAAUGAAGAUAGUGUUAAUGGUGUCAAUUUCAUGACAGAACACAAACUGGAACAUGUUACAGAUAAGUUAGAGGAUGAUGUUGAAAUUAAAAUGUCUAAAUUCACUACAAGAGCUACUUAUUUUGUAAGGAAUGACAAUAUGAAAGAAAAUAACACCAAAUUAACAGUUGAGGCCACUGCGGAAUUAGACAAUGAUGCAGGUAAAGUUUCAGAAACAACAGUUGACAAAAUAAUAAGUUCUAUAAAAGCUAAACAAGGGAAUGAUACUUCUUUGACUCAGUUUGAACAAUUAGAAAAAGCCGCAAUCGAUUGUGAUGGAACUAGAAUCGGAAGUGAUGAUUUUGGGCACAUAAAGAUAUUUAAAGAAAAAAAGACUUAUUUUGAUGAUGCACCUUUGGAUAUCGUAAGUGACAACUUAGAAAUAAGUCCAAAAGUGAAUAUAGAAAAGAAAACCUAUAUUGAUGACAAAGAUUUAAUUGUUGCCAAAAACUGGAACAAAAAAGAAAACGUAAUUCUUACCGAAAAAAAGAAACACGAUGACACCAGAUCACCUUCUAUUGUAAAAGACGAAAUAGUGGACGAUUUUAAACCCAGUACGCUUAAAAUAUUAUUAGGAGAGAGUUUGACAAGACAACCUGAUGUGAUUUCGUCUGUAGACAGGAAUAGUAUGUUGCUUAAAAAGCAUGAAUCUAUUGAUAUAUUCGAUUCUCCUCACGCUAAUAUUGCGACUACAGAAUCUCACGAUAUAAUAGAAAACGCAAGACAAUCAAUUAAAAAACUUGUCUUGAAUCAGAAAUCUGCCAGCAAAACUAGUGCUAAAACUGAUGUCCGAUCAGGACAACUGGUAAUACCCGAAGAGCCAUUAAAAAGUGCUAUCGAUGAUAAAAUAACUGAUUUGACAACAGUCAAAAAAGUUCAAGAUAAAGAAGGUGAACAAAUAGAUAUAAUAGAGAAAGUGGUUUCACACAGUGAAAUUAAAUCUGAAACUAAUCAAGAUAACACUAUAGAAGAAUUCGAAAAUAUUUAUAAAGAUAUUACUGCUCCAAGAGCCACAGAAUUUGAUUUACUUGUGUCACAAGAAAUUAAUGAUAACAAAGAUGAUAAAACUUCAUUUGAAGAAACAAAAUAUAACUUAAGGCAUAAGCCACACGCUAAAGACUUAAGAUUCGCCGAUAAAGUAGAUAAAGAAGAAACAGAAGAAGUAUUGUUAGAGAGCCAUGCUAAAUGCGAAAGCAGGAGUAAGCCAACUAAGAGGAGUCUCCGAUUGCGAAAAAGGAAGAACCAGACAGAAUCUGAAGAUAAAUCUGACCACGAAAAUGAGAAACUUAAAGACAUAGUGAAUCUUCAGAAAGAGUUUUCGGAUGUAUGUUUGGAUGUGCCCGCGCCUACGAAAGUAGUUAAAGACAUAAUAUCUCCUGAAAAACCUGAAGAAGAGGAGAAUGUUCCACCUUUAAUGGGCAUACAAAGCUGUCCUGCUAAAAGUGUGACACGCAGCCGCCGUAAGCUGUUCACACCGAGGGCUGAACCGUUGGACGAGGACGAAGCACCCAUCGGUAGCGGCGAACGACUAUACGUGCCGCGACCUUCCUACCAUCGCGCUAGGGCUCGUCGCAAGCUGUAAUAGGAAAUACGAUCAUAUAAAGAAAUAAUGUAGC